GGGUGCUGAAGUGUCCCGCUCGCCAUAGUCCCAGGUUGGCACUCGACCUUGCGACAUUCCAAAUCACAACCAAACACGGCGACAAUGUCCACCUUGCUGAAGCUGUGCUGGAAAACAGGACUCCGAUAGCGCAUAUUCAGCUGCAUCUCGCGCGACGAAGAAAACACUCCCGAAAUUGGUUGGCCAAGCCAGACGACAAGCUCCUAAUCGAGAACGACGACGAUCCCGAAUGCAAUUCCACACUGCGGAACCUGAAGAAACUCCUCCGCCACAAUGACCGAAAAAGAGGCCGGGCAGGCCGGGCAGGCCUUGGUGGAAUUUGCCCUGAGUGGCGCUUUCCCCGAAGAGCCGCUUUCUUCGCAAAGAGUUACUCUGAAAGAACUCGGCCCUGCUCUGGAAGCGCUCGCGCAAGCAAAGUCGAGACUGGAGUCCGAAAUACAUAGCAUCAACGAGGAGACGGCCCCUGAAGUCAGCCAAUGGGCCGCGAACGCCAAAUCUCUGGAGGAAGACAUCAAUCGGUCUCGGGCCAUGGCCAACGACAUCGUGCGCAGAUCCGAGGCCCCAGAUGUGUCGGGAAAGACGAUCCGAGAGGCAGAAGACAAAGUCAGCUUCUUACAGCAGGAGACGGCUUACAACCAGCAGGUGCGCAAUGCACUUGUGAGUAUCAAGAAUGUGAAUGAGAUAUUGGACAAGGUCGAAAUCGCGCGGGAUGAGCGUCGCAUUCUGGAUUCGUUGCACUUGCUAGAGAGUGCCUGGACAGCGUUGGAUCGCAUUCCAGUUUCGAAAUCAUGCCGUGUCAUGAAAAUCCUGAAUAUGCGAGCCUUCGAGCUGAAGUCCGCUGUGCAUGAUGUUUUCAAUCAUGUUUGGAGCACCCUUGUACAAGUUGAUGCUGCCACUGGUACGGCAUCUGUCUCGGAGAACGUUCAAGACGAACCAAUGUCACUCGCGGAUGCUGUCAUUGGCUUGAAAGCUUAUAAGGAAGUCGACCAGAGGAUGGCCCUGUUGUGGCAUGCGCUAGAUGCAGCCCUGAUUCAGCCGCGAACUCAUACUGAAGGGCAAACUCUGCCAACAAUAAAAGAGGAAAAUUCUUCCUUGAAGCUGCACGGACAAACAAAUCGGGAGAUACCAUCGCUUUUUCAUGAUCUGGCCAUAGUAUUGACUUAUCUUUCAGGUCGUCUCCCCGUGGAACUGAUACACUCCCUUUCGAAUGUCAUGAUGCCAGAUUUGAUACCACGAGUCAUCAGCACAUGGCUUGAUCCUGCUGUGCCGGUUUCUCUGGCAGAUAUGGGCGCUUUCCAGAGCGUCACAGACACGGUCCGGGCGUUCUGCAAGACUCUUGACGAGCUGCACUAUACUGGUUUCAGCGAUCUGCAGGAGUGGGUAGAGAGCUCCCCUAGAGUAUGGCUUUCGAAAUGCCGCGAAACAGCCUUAGACUCUGUCCGCUCAAAACUCUCUCAAGGACUUGGCAGUCCCCAAGAAGUUGAGCGGGUGGAAACCCAGCAGGUGUCGAAGUCGGAAGGCAAAGAGCUUACUGCCGCCACGCCAGCCGCGACAAAAUCCGGCGAGGAAGACGAUGAUUGGGGAGCAGCGUGGGAGGCAGAUGCGCCGCUCGCGCAGAGCGAAGCACAUGCCGAUGCGCAGGCAAACGAAGACGACGGGACUGAUGCUUGGGGCUGGGGCGAGGAAGAUGACGUAGUCUCAGACACGAAGCCCAAACCAACCAGUGCUCAAGCACCGACAAAGGAUACGACGGAUGAUGAUGGUGGCGAUGCCUGGGGUUGGGGCGACGACGAAGGCACGGCGGAGAACACACAAACAAGUCAAGUUAGUGCGAAACCGACGCAAACUCGCGAGUUGACUUUGCGCGAAACGUAUACUAUCUCGGCAAUGCCGGCACCAGUACUGGCGUUGAUAUCGACAAUUCUAGAAGACGGCGCUUCCUUGGCAAGCGACAAUGCAAAUCCUGUUGCAUCCGCUGUUGCCGGUCUUUUCUCAUUACCGACGCUUGUCCUGGCAAUGUUCCGAGCCGUGUCGCCGUACUACUAUUCCCUGAGCGAGGGUGGCAAUAUGUUCCUCUACAACGAUGUGACGUACCUCUCUGAGGAGCUGGGCAAGUUCACAAGCGCGUGGAAGACCAGGAAGGACCUUGCGCCGCGAGCAGUUACGAUGCUGCGGCUAGACAACGACAUCCAGACACUGCAGUCAUUCGCAGCGCGCGCUUAUGCGACCGAGAUGACGACGCAACGGACCAUCAUCCGCGACCUUCUGGGUGGCUCACAGAACCUGUUGCAGCAAGACGGCCUGGAGUCCACUGACCUCGAAGCCCAAGUCGACGGGGCCAUCGGCCGGAUACGCAGCGUUGCGGCGACAUGGAAGACCAUUCUCGCGCCGUCAGCGUGGAACCAAGCCGUCGGCUCGCUCGUCGACACCAUUGCGUCAAAACUGAUCAGCGACGUGAUGGACCUCGCGGGCAUAGGCCAGGACGAGGCCUACAACAUAGCGACCAUGAUUGCGCACGUGGAAAAGCUAGACGAUCUCUUCCCCGGCGUGUCGCCCGGCGAUCCCGCCACAGCACCGCCGCCGCCUCCUCAGACAGCGCAGUUCGCGAGCAGCUGGCUGCGCCUCAAGUACCUCAGCGAGGUGCUGCAGAGCAACCUGCAGGACAUCCUCUGGCUGUGGAAGGACAGCGGCCUCAGUCUCGAGUUCUCCGUCGGCGAGGUGGUCGACCUGAUCCGCCUCAGCUUCGUGGACAAUGCGCGCACGAGGGACGUGAUUCGACAGAUCGAGGCGAAUCCGCAUCCCCAGGAGGGAACGGAAUAAUGAUAUGUGAUUUUCUUUUAUCAUGAGAUGAUGCAUGUGUCAAGCGUGGUGGCUGCCCGGCCAGCCCUUUUUUACAUAGAGAGUGAAUAUUUAACGAGUCGCAACUCGAUUUGCUCAUACAUACCCAAUGGACACGGUGG